ACCGUUCCUUUUCAAAAUGGCAGAAGUGAAGUGAAACGUAUUCCGCGUGUGCAGUGUGUAUUCAAUGAGUUCAUAAAGACAGAACGCAGCAGUGUCGGUGCGAUUGGUGUGAUCAUUAUCCAACAUAAGCAGGUUUCAUAAUAUUUGUCUGCCCCACCCAGUGGAUAUUUGCUCCCGCGCUCCACCUGCUUGACAAAUCUGUAAUUUCCUGCAUUCUUGUAAAUGUCGCGUCGCUAGACAAACACACAUCCGCAUUCACGUCGCUUCGUGCCCAUAUUUCAGUACUUAUCGACGUUUUAGAUGUAUGCAUCAUACCUUUGCUUACGUUCCGCAUUAAUUGUUUUCAUUGUACUCGCGCAACGUAACCCGCAUCAUCACUAUACGGCCAACAAUAAGCGCGUGACGUGCGAAGCAUAAACAAAAACACGCACGCCGAGCAUAUCAAAACGCAGUGGAAGUACACACAGCCAUCAACAAUGUUGAAGCCAUCAUGAUGAUAUAACAACAAUUAGCCACCAAGUCACAGCGACCAGCCCAACGAUCACCCCGGCGAUGGUUUCCUAGUGCGCGCUCUUCGUUUGUAAAUAAUUCGGUAACUUCGCUGCGAUCGAUACGCGCGCCCGCAUCCGAAUGUAAUUAAAUCUAAGUCUCGUAAGCGUUUGGUGUAUAAGCAAUCGAAUUUUUCAAAGCGUUGAUAAUUUUACUCUCAACCAACACACAAUUGUGCAAAACAAGCUGCCCCUUCAUUCAAUAAAUCAUCUUCGAACUUGUGGAGCAAAUGAUGCACUUGAAUGCGGACAUUUCAAGUGCCCUCCAGCUGCUGGAGGACAUCAAGCAAACUGUGGAUGACUUAGAUGACCCCAAGCUCACUGCAAAUACCAAUGAUGAUCUGCAUAUUCUCAUCUCAGUCCUCGAGAAUCCAAUAUUCAGGAGUAUUGUCACUGUUCAGGAUUCACUGAGUGAAUUGAACCAGCAGCUGGGUCAACAUCCAUCUAUUCUGCCUGUGGAUUUUGAUAUCACUCCUGCUGGAGAGUUGGCAUUGAGUGUGCCACCUGGAGGUGAUAUUUAUGAUCCUGGUUAUGGGGAGGAUUAUCAGCAUGGGAGGGAUUUUGAUGAGCAGAGGGUGCCAUCAGCACCUGUGUCUCCAGGAUCACCUGGGUCACAGUUUAGUGAGGAUAAGAUGAUGCUCAUUGAUGGCAAACCACAGGAACUUUUAUCACAUCAAGAUGCAAUGAGAAUGAUACAGAAGGCACAAAGUCUGGGUGCAACUAGAACUGAUGAUGAAGCAAUACACAGGUCACCGUCGGCUGUGAGCGACGCGUCCAAGGCCGGAUCUGAUACUCUGCUGACCACAGAAUGGGCUCAAGUGGAAGCUAUUGAGUUGGUCAAUGAUGGUACCGGGCUAGGGUUUGGGAUUGUUGGUGUUAGGACCAUGGGUGUGGUGGUUAAGACCAUUUUGCCUGGAGGUGUUGCUGAUAGAGAUGGUAGACUACAAAGUGGUGAUCAUAUUUUACAAAUUGGUGAUGUGAAUUUACACGAAAUGGGCUCGGAGCAAGUAGCAACCGUAUUAAGACAAUCUGGCACACACGUGCGCCUCGUCGUCGCCCGUCCAGCCGACCUCACCGCCACCGAAUACAAAUAUUUGAGCAGCACCGCGCCGUUGGUACCGACACGCCUGCUCACAGAGCCCGCCGAACUCGAUCGCUACCUCAUUCAGCACAAAUACAAAGCAAUAUUCCAGACGCAAGGCGCUGAUUUCAAGGAUUACUUGUUUGAUCCGCCGGCGUCGAGCGGCAACUCUACCACUUCGAAGGGUUACCCUGGUGCGGGCCUCUCACGUAUUCCAGCUUCGCCUUCGCUGCCUCUGCUCAAUCUUGAUCUGGCGAUGAAGAUGCCCGAGAUGGAGAAGUUCAUUGUCGAGCUGCGCAAAGACGCUAAUGGUUUAGGCAUUACCAUUGCUGGUUAUGUCUGUGAAAAAGAAGAACUUUCUGGUAUCUUCGUGAAGAGCGUCAGUAAAGGUAGCGCUGCCGACGUCAGUGGGAAAAUUCAGGUUAACGACCGCAUCGUUGAGGUGGACGGUGUUUCACUGCAGGGUUUCACCAAUCUACAAGCGGUGGAUGUUUUGCGCAGCAGCGGUGCCGUCGUUAAACUUGCACUGGAGCGUUAUCUGCAUGGUCCCAAGUUCGAGCAGCUGCAGCAAGCGAUCGCCGCGAGCGAGACCAAACCGACACCGACGCCGCCCAGCCCCGCCAAGCAGCAAGCACGAUAUCCGAAGGCGGAUUUAGACUUUGCGCGUGAGGAUUCCCUCUCGGUCGAACCAUCGGUGGUGGAGGCGAAGAACGAAGUGGCGCUCGCCCUCUUGCAUGAUAAGCAAUACCAGACGGAGUUGACGCCUGCCAUCGAGGAAGCACUGCGCGUAAAAUGGGCUUCUGCGCUCGGUCCUGAUUCUACGAUUGUGGUCGCACAGCUUCAAAAGUUUGGGGAACGAGGCGGACUUGGAAUAAGUCUGGAGGGCACCGUGGAUGUUGAGGAUGGGCAAGAAGUGCGCCCACACCAUUACAUCCGCUCUAUCCUCCCUGAAGGACCAGUUGGUAAAAACGGCAAAUUGCGUUCUGGUGAUGAGCUGUUAGAAGUCAAUGGUCAUAGAUUGCUAGGGAUGAACCAUCAUGAGGUGGUGAGCAUUUUAAAAGAGCUGCCAUUAACAGUCCGCAUGGUGUGCGGGCGUUCACCAAACACUGCCGCCACCACCGAGCACUCGAUGACCGAGAGAAGUCCAGGCUUGGGUGGAAGUUUACAAAACUUACUCCCAGCUUCGGAUAGAUUGGUCAAAGCAAAGUCUGAUGGAUCUAUUGCGACUGCAGCGGGAACACCAGAGAUCUCGUUCAGUAAGAUGAAGUCCAGGUCCUUGGAACCACUCACUGGAUUGGCGAUGUGGAGCUCUGAACCGCAGAUCAUUGAACUGGUUAAGGGAGAGCGAGGUUUAGGGUUUUCUAUCCUGGACUAUCAAGACCCUAUUGAUCCCAACGACACGGUAAUCGUCAUUCGUAGCUUAGUGCCCGGAGGGGUUGCCCAGAUGGAUGGCCGACUGAUACCAGGCGAUCGACUGCUGUUCGUCAACGACACAGUGCUGGAGAAUGCAUCGCUGGACCAGGCUGUACAGGCGUUGAAGGGCGCUACAAAGGGCGUCGUGCGCAUCGGCGUCGCCAAACCACUGCCAAUCACCGACACGGUGGCGUUCAACACGCCGCCCUCGCCGGCCCCACACGCGGAUUAGAAUAUUUUAUCUUCAAAUUCAAGCGAUUUCUCGAGUUUAGCAUUGCUUGAUCGAUUCGUUGAUCUUGAAUAAUAUACGCGGAAGAAGUGUGCACUAGAGAUUGCAGAACCACAAAACAAACAUUAGACUGGAAACUAAAUAGUACUUAAAUUAUUACUUACUUGGUAUUAUAUUAGUUACUUAAUUAUGAUCUGUAUUCGGUUGAGUUUUAUUCUAUGUUUAUAUUUAUUAUGGCUUUUAAUUUGAGUUUUAACUUUUACACUGAUCAAUUGGACAAGUUUUUCUUUUCUUGGCGAAAUUCGCAUUUGCAACGAGCAAGCAUAUCAGCAAACGCGCGAUUUGCUUGGAACUAUUGGCAGAUUUCCAAAUAUAUCUUAUGUAUUCAUUAGUCAAACAAACAUAUACGUUAAUAUCGAUUAAAAUUAAACAAAUUUUAAUGUUAACACUUUAGUUACACUCGAAUAUACUCUUGUUAUGUUUACUCAUAUUAUCCAAUUGAUAUUUUAUCUUUGAAUUAACGAUUCAAUAAAGAAAUUAUCAAAUAA